UUUUAGGAGCGCAAACACCCCGAGCUCCUGACAGAUAAGUGCUCUGACACUGUUGGUUGAACUUAGGCCAUCUUUGAGCUUUAUAGCCGAGCUUCAUGGUUUCCAGUUUCCUGCUCCACCUGUGCACACAAACAAAGUCAGACGUGGGCUUUUACUUGAAACUCAAUCGGCUGUACAGAGCCCACUUUACAGACUCUACCAGAGAUGCUGUGAGAUACUGUACGGUUCCAAUCACGUGACCCUGUGGUUAAAGGGAAAGCUUAAAAGCCAGAGAUGACACUGACUGCUCAAAAGGCUGCAGUGCUACCAGACCUACAGUUGGAACGGUUGAAUGAGAAACUGCUCUGAGCCGAUAUGACAGACAUGAUGCCAUCCACGUUUACAACCCUUGAUUAUAUUGAAUCUGGGACGUCUAACUACGACUACGACACGGAGCCGACCGAGGUCACUGGCAUGUGUCAGCGACAGUGGGUCCGGUCCUUCCGCAGCCAGUACGAGCCGCCGCUCUUCUGGAUCAUCUUCAUCCUCGGCGCCUUCGGGAACCUGCUGGUGGUCUGGAUUUACACCACCGUGCGCAACCGGCUGAAGACCAUGACCGACGUGUACCUGCUGAACCUGGCCGUGGCCGACCUGCUCUUCCUGUGCAUGCUGCCCUUCUGGGCCGCCGACGCCAUCAAGGGCUGGGACUUCGGCACCGGCUUCUGCAAGGUGGUGUCGGCCAUCUACAAGGUCAACUUCUUCAGCAGCAUGUUCCUGCUCACGUGCAUCAGCGUGGACCGCUACAUCGCCAUCGUGCAGGUCACAAAGGCCCACAACCUGAAGAACAAGCGGCUGUUCUACAGCAAACUGGCCUGCCUCGGCGUGUGGGUGCUCGCCACGCUCCUGGCCCUGCCCGAGUUCAUCUUCGCCCAGGUGAAGCCCGACACCAGCGGGCUGUCCUUCUGCACCUUGGUCUACUGGAACAACACCCACAACCGGACUAAGAUCCUGGUGCUGGUCCUGCAGAUCUGCAUGGGCUUCUGCCUCCCCCUGCUCGUCAUGUUCUUCUGCUACUCCGUCAUCAUCCGCACGCUGCUGCAGGCCAAGAGCUUCGAGAAGCACAAGGCGCUGCGCGUCAUCUUCGCCGUGGUCUUCGUGUUCGUCCUCUCGCAGCUGCCCUACAACAGCCUGCUGAUCGUGGAGGCGGCGCAGGCGGCCAACGCCACCAUGACCGACUGCAGCACCGUCAUGGCCUACGACGUGGGCCGGCAGGUCGCCAAGAGCCUGGCGUACACGCACGCCUGCCUCAACCCCUUCCUGUACGUCUUCAUCGGGGUUCGCUUCAGGCAGGACCUGCUGAGGAUUAUCAGGGCGUGUGUCGGCGGCCUGGGCAAAGGGGGGCUCACCAAAGUGCAGGCGGUUCCCAAGCGCCCCUCUGUCAUGUCAGACACUGAUACGACCCCGGCCCUCUCCAUAUAAAGGGGUUCAUCAAACUCCAAACCUGACGUCUGAGCCUGCAGAGCAAAGCACCGCCAUGCUGAACUUCAGUAUUAACCCAUAGUUUGGACUUGGAUCAUCAGCACGUUCUUCCAUGAUGUUGCUGCAUUAACUUGUACAAUAGUGUAAAUAUUGUGUUUUUUGAUACGUUUUCUCUUCCCUCUGUAAUAUUUUUGUGUGUUACUGUAAGUGUGUUAUGGCUGCAAGUCAAAUUAAACAUGAGGCGAAGUCUGAA